AUGGGAAUCCCUCACUUUCUUGUUAUACCAUAUCCAGUUCAAGGGCACGUGAACCCCCUUAUGCAAUUAUCUGAGGCUCUAGCCAAACACGGUUGCAAAAUCACAUUUCUGAACACUGAGUUCAACCACAAACGAGCAAAUAGCUGUGGUGGAGGGUUAGACAGUCUUAAAGAACAAGGGCUGAAGUUUGUGACACUCCCAGAUGGCUUGGACCCUGAAGAUGAUAGGAGUGACCAUCACAAAGUUCUCGUAUCUAUCAAAACCAACAUGCCUGCUCUGCUUCCAAAGCUCAUACAAGAUAUCAAUGCUUUGGAUGUUGAAAACAACAUCACCUGCAUAGUUGUCACAAUGAACAUGGGUUGGGCCUUGCAAGUUGGCCACAAAUUGGGAAUUGAAGGGGCUGUUCUAUGGACUGCAUCUGCGACUUCCUUGGCAACAUGCUAUUGCAUUCCAAGGCUCAUUGAUGAUGGAAUUAUUGACUCAGAAGGAAUUCCCACCAAAAAGCAAGAAGUUCAGCUUUCCCCAAAUAUGCCUAAGAUGGUUGGUGCAGACUUCCCAUGGGGUGGCCUAGGUAAGAUAUUCUUCCCUUAUAUAGUUAAAGAGAUGAAAACUUUGGAGUUAGGAGAAUGGUGGCUUUGCAACACUACUAGUGAUCUUGAGCCUGGAGCACUUGCCACAUCACCAAGAUUCCUCCCAAUCGGACCAUUGAUGGAAAGUGACACAAACAAAAGCUCAUUCUGGGAAGAAGAUACAACUUGCCUAGACUGGUUGGAUCAGCAGCCACCUCAAUCUGUUGUAUAUGUUUCCUUUGGAAGUUUAGCAACUGUGGAACCAAACCAAUUCAAAGAACUAGCUCUAGGACUUGAUCUCCUAAAUAGGCCUUUUCUUUGGGUAGUACGUCCAAGUAAUGAUAAUAACAAGGUAAACCAUGCAUACUCUGACGAGUUCCAUGGAUGUAAAGGUAAAAUUGUCAAUUGGGCACCUCAGAGGAAGAUAUUGGACCACCCUGCCAUAGCUUGCUUCAUUAGUCACUGUGGUUGGAAUUCCACUAUAGAAGGUGUAUGCAGUGGCAUACCUUUCUUGUGUUGCCCAUUUUUCUCUGACCAAUUUGUUAACAGGUCAUAUAUUUGUGAUGUGUGGAAGGUUGGACUGAAAUUAGACAAGGAUGAAAAUGGAUUAAUAUUGAAGGGAGAGAUACGGAAGAAGGUGGAUCAACUUCUUGAGAAUGAAGACAUUAAAGCAAGAUCACUGAAACUGAAGGAAUUGUCCUUGAAGAACUCGGUAAAAGGUGGUCAAUCGUCAAAGAACCUCGAAAAGUUUAUUAACUGGGCCAAGUAA